UCCUAAAUCCAACGUGGAGGCUAUUCCUCUUCUUAUUCCCUUCGUCUUUCUCACUUCUCUGUGUUCCAAUUUCCAAACCCUCUUCACAAGCCAAACCCAACUUCGUUUCUCUUCUCUCUCCUCUCUCAAUUUCCCACUCCCAUUACAACAACACCCUCCCUGCAAAACCCAGAAUUUUCAGACGAAUUCCGCCUUCUGGGGUGUGCUAAAAUUCGCACCUGAAUCCGAAAGCUUCGUUUUUUACUCAUGGGUGCUACAUCAGGGUCGGGUGCUGCCGCAUUGAGUGAUUCUGACACAUUUGAGAUAACUGGGAAGAUCAUGGUGGUGGCCAUAAUAUUCCUCUUCAUGGUGGUUAUCUUUGUUCUUGUGCUCCAUAUCUACGCCAAGUGGUUUUGGUGGAGCAUGGAGGAAAACGCCACCCCUCAGCCCCGCCCCCGCCGCCGGCGGCGGCGGCGGUUUGUCUUCGCCCCCGGCCAAGACUCGGUGAUCUAUGAAACUCACCAAGUUGGGCUUGACCCUUCAGUUCUAAGGUCCUUGCCGGUGUUGGUGUUCCAACCUGAGGACUUCAAAGAUGGUUUGGAGUGUGCAGUUUGUCUCUCUGAGAUUGUUCAAGGGGAAAAAACUAGACUUUUGCCUAAAUGCAAUCAUGGGUUUCAUGUGGAUUGCAUUGACAUGUGGUUCCACUCACACUCCACUUGCCCUCUUUGUAGGAACCCUGUUGCUUUUGAAUCCUCCAAAAGUUCUCACAUUGAAGACAAUCGUGUCUCAGGGAACGGUGACUCAUCAUCACAUGAAGAUAAUUCAGCUGCUGUGAGUGGUUUAGAGUCUUCAAAUUUUCCCACUAAUGUGUUGGUUUGGGGGAACCACACACAAGUUAGUUCUUUUGGGGUUUCCUUGGAAGAAGGGACUUCUCACUCUGAGCAACCACCUUGUUCUCCACAAUCUACACCAUCUUCUUCUAAUGGUAGGUGUCAUGGAAUGUUGGUGAUUGAUAUUCCAAAUGAGUGCACUUCCUCCUCUUUGUCCCCUUCUGGGAGUAGGUGUGCUGAAGAUGAGGCUAAAUCACCGAUGGCCGCUACAUUGAGGUCAUUUAAGAGGCUUUUGAGCAGAGACAAAAAGUUGAGUCCUUGUAGUCCAAGUUCUGUAGAUGUGGAACAAGCUCACAGCUAGAAAUUUGUUAAUGGUGUUCAUUGAUUAUUAUUUUUAGGAGAGCUCUUCUUCAUGGGAGAUAGCUUUCAAUGAGUCAUUGUUAUGCUACUUCCUUUCCAAUACUCGUGCACAUAAUGGUUAAGGAUCGUUGCUUUAUAAUGUCUUGUUAUAGAAUCAUUUUUUCUUUUCCUUUUUUUUAAUGUCUGUGCUUGAAGUUUGGAGCACAUCAAGCCAAUCGUCUAAAGUGUCUAUAUUGUAUAAAUGACAAGUUUCUUUGUAGUGAAAGGGUAAAAUGAUCCAGUUUCUUUUACACAAGAUCAA